AUGACAAGGAGGUGGUUGGCGAUGGUCGCUCUGUUGAUGGUUGUGGCCGCUGUGAGGGGGUACAACUGCGUCUGCAAUCCGAGGGAAUGCGAAGUCUUGGGUCCCAGCGGGUGCCCUGGGCUCGGGAUGGUGGUGUGGGAUCCGUGCAGAUGCUGCCAAGUGUGUGCAAGGACAUUGGGUGAGCACUGUGGAGGUUUCAAAGGCACGUGUGAACCGGGACUAAGGUGUAAAGGUGGUUUAUGUGUGAAGAUUAAAGAAAAGGAAGAGGAUAUUGUAUAA